CAAGAAGAGUAUAGAGUAGAGAGCCUCUCUCUCUCUCUUUCUCUCUCUCUGACAUCUGCCACUCAGACCCAUUCACCCCAAAAAGGGGAGAACACAUCUCUGCAACUCCCCUAUCUUCAAUCAUCUCUCCUCCAAUUCAAUCACACCAACUCAUCAACAUCAAUCAACAUGCCUAUCCCUUCAUCUCCAUCUCCAUCUUCUCUCUUCGUCAUCACCGCCCUCCAUUUCUUCUUCAUGCACGCAGCUGAUUCCGCCACCCACUGGCAGGACGUACAAGUCCUGAAGCAGCUCAAGAGUACAAUCACCCCAAGCACUGUACCUCCCUCCUCCUGCAUUGAUUCCUGGGAUUUCAACCUCGACCCCUGCGACCACCUCUUCACCGACAAAUUCACCUGCGGCUUACGCUGCGACGUCGUUCUCAACUCCUCCUCCCGGGUCACCGAGCUCACUCUCGACCCGGCUGGUUACUCCGGCUCUCUGUCCGCCGUUUCCUGGACUCUCCCCUACUUGCAAAACCUUGAUUUUUCAAAUAACAACUUCAGCGGCUCCAUACCCGAAUCCUUCUCUCUCUUGACCCGGCUCCAGCGUCUUGGGCUUUCGCGUAACUCACUCACUCUCGGCUCGCUCGCCGGCCUCGAAGAGAUGUAUUUGGACAACAACAUGCUGUCUGGAGCAAUCCCGUUGAGUUUCAACGGUCUGAAGAAUUUAAAAAGGCUCGAAAUUCAAGGGAACAAAAUCAGCGGCGCGUUUCCCGAGCUGAGUCAGCUCGGCAGCCUGAAUUUCCUCGACGCCAGCGACAAUGCAAUCUCCGGCGAGCUCCCGCCGGGUCUGCCGCCAUCGCUCAUCGAGUUAGCCAUGAGGAGUAACCAGAUAGAAGGGAACAUUCCGGGGAGCGUGGCGAAUUUGGUUUCUAUGCAGGUGUUGGACCUGAGUCACAACAAUCUCAGCGGGUCGGUUCCGGCGGGUCUGUUUACCCACCCGUCGUUGGAGCAGUUAACGUUGUCUUACAAUCAAUUCGGGUCGGUCCAGGUACCCGGGAACUCGGGUUGGACGAGCCAACUUAUAUCCGUUGACCUGAGCAACAAUGAGAUCCGUGGGUUUUUACCCGGGUUCAUGGGUUUAAUGCCCAGAUUAUCAGCCUUGUCUUUGGAGAACAACAAGUUCUCGGGUAUGAUACCGACACAGUACGUGUUGAAGGUAUUGAGUCCGGGUACGGGUACGGGUGAAGGGGGGUUAGCACAAUUUGAGAGGUUAUUAUUAGGAGGGAAUUACUUGUUGGGGCCAGUUCCGGGUGCGUUUCUGGAUCUGAAAGCGGGUUCGGUAACAGUCCGGUUAGGGGACAACUGCUUGUACCGGUGUCCGGUAACACUGUUCUUCUGUGAGGGUGGGGUACAAAAGUCCUUAAUGGAGUGUAAGGCCUUUGGCCCUAUCAUUCCUUGAGUAGUGUGAUUGUGUCUUUUAUGGUCCCUAGUAAUUAAUUUUUAUUUAUGUACAA